CGUCAAUGUGGAAGGUUUCACAGAGGUUUCUAUGAUACCUCUGCAUCUGUGAUUGUAUGUGUUAUUCUGAGUUCCUGUGUUGUUGACGGUUCAUACUAAAUAUUUUGUUGGUUUUAUGUCAAAUUACUGUGUAAAGCUCAUGACUUCGUUUAUUAGGUUAAAGAAAUUAACAUGACAUUCAUCGGAAUUGGAAAAAGAAGAAUUUUUUUUAGAGCAUUUGUGCUUUUCUCAAUUGUAUUUUUUGUUUGGAUUUGUUUUGUGCCAAAAGAAAGGAAAUUACCUUUAGAGGAAAAAAAUGAAAUAUCUGAUUUUGAUGAUGGUGAAGCGAUAACAUCGGUGAGAUGGAAUGAGGAAAUGGAGGCGGCAUUGUUGUUCGAUGCCCAAAAACAAAUGCCUGGGCUUGGCGACAAAGGGGAAGCUGUUACUUUGGCUCCUUUAGAGGAGCAAAAAGCUGAAGCUGUGAUGAAGAAAGAAGGUUUCAAUCUAAUCCUCAGCGACAAGAUUAUGUACAAUAGAACUAUAUUAGACGCAAGGCAUCCAGAAUGCUUAAAAAUGAAAUAUCCUGAAGAUCUACCCUCCGCUAGUGUUAUCAUAGUAUUUACCAAUGAAAGGUGGUCCUCCCUGAUAAGAACAAUCCACAGCGUCUUUAAUAGAUCUCCUAAGCAUUUAUUGAAGGAAUUAAUACUUGUUGAUGAUGCAAGUGAUCAUGAGGAGUUGCAAGAAAAAUUAGAGUAUUACAUAGCAACCAGGCUUCCCAAAAAAAUUACUCUUGUUAGGUUGCCUAAAAGGUCAGGUUUGAUAAAGGCAAGGCUUGAAGGAGCGAAACAGGCUAAGGGAGCUGUUCUAGUUUUUUUGGAUGCUCACUGCGAAGUAGGAAUUGAUUGGUUACAACCUCUCCUCGCAAGGAUAAAAGAAUCAAGAAAGUCAGUUGUUGUUCCGAUUAUUGAUGUGAUCCAUGAUAAAACUUUUGAAUAUCAAAACAAUGGUGGCUCAUUUGACUUUGAACUUGGUGGAUUCACAUGGAGUGGGCAUUUCACAUGGAUACCAAUAUCACAAGAAGAGGAACGUAGACGUGGCAGCCCUUCUUCCCCAACAAGAACUCCAACCAUGGCUGGUGGUUUGUUGGCAAUUGAAACGAAAUAUUUUUGGGAAAUUGGGUCAUACGACCCUGAUAUGGACAUCUGGGGAGGAGAAAAUUUGGAAAUGUCUUUCAGAGUAUGGCAGUGUGGUGGAUACCUAGAAACAAUACCUUGCUCUCGUGUUGGACAUAUUUUUAGAAAUUUUCAUCCUUAUACAUUCCCAGGUAAUAAAGAUACACAUGGUAUCAAUACAGCUAGGAUGGCCAAAGUUUGGAUGGAUGAUUAUAAAAGGCUUUUCUUUAAACAUCGACCAGAGUUGGAGGAUAUAGAUAUUGGAAAUAUUACUGGAAGAAUUGAACUUAGAAAAAAAUUGAAGUGUAAAGAUUUUAAAUGGUAUUUAACUCAUGUUUACAAGAAUAAGUUUGUACUUGAUGAAAAUGUUCAGGCAUAUGGCAGGGUUAUGACACAUGCCAAUCGGUUGUGCCUUGACAAUUUACAAAACUCAGAAGAGGAUAAGCAUCCCUUAGGUAUCUACUCCUGUCACAAUGAACUUUAUAUGAGUCAGUUCUUUUCACUAAGUAAUGCUGGUGAAUUGAGAAGAGAAUUCGUGUGUGCCGAAGUUAGUACUGCCAAGAUGGAAGUUGAAAUGUACAAAUGUCAUGGAGGUCACAACCAAAAAUGGACUUACACAUCGAACCAUGCUCUCAUGCACAUUGACACACGGCUCUGCUUAGAUUCCGAAGGUACAUGGUCUGGAAAGUUUGUUAAAGUUUCACCCUGCAACAAUUCAAAAACUCAGAAAUGGUCUUGGGAGUUCCUCACAUAGUAUAAAAUCCUCUUUUCUUACUAUCUUCCUUUGUGAUCUUCGAUGAUAUAAUGAAUUGUGAUAAUAUUUGUUGUAAUGAUGUCAAGAACUUUAUUUUCUCGAGGAAAAUAUUUAUAUUUUUUAAUAAGUCGGCUGACCUUGACACAUUUCAUCGUUAGUUUUAUGAAAGAUCUUACUUUAGUAAAUAAAAAUAAAAAAAAUCGUAGGACAAUAGAAUAAGAGGGAGAAUUUUCGGAAAAAUAUAUUUUUAUACAUCUUAGAGGAAAUCGAAGAAUAAAACAAUAUGUUGAUGAAAUUGAAGGCAUACAGAAACUUAAUUUGUGUUGAGAAAAAUUUUCUGAAGAGAGUAAACAAAAUGAACAUUAAGAAAUUCUUUUUUUUAGUUUUAUAACUUCAAGAAUAACUGUAAUGUUCCUGAAAAUAUAUUGUGUCAUAUCCUAAAUGUAAUCUAUUCAAUGUUUAAAAGAUUUAAUUGUUUAUCUUUUAUUCUAAUUAAAUUGGUUACAAUUUCUUGAUGAAGGAUAUAUUUAUAUUUUAUUAAUAACUGCAUUUAUUUUUAUUAUCUAUUACCUAGUUAUAUCACACGAAAUUCAUCGGCUGUUUUGUAUUACAAUUAUGAAACAUUGAUAGAUGCAAUAUAAUUUUAUUAUUUUGCCAAAGGAUCUUUGGCUCUUAUGUAGUCUUCCAAUAAUUUUUUUUAAAAAUGAGAUGAGUACUGGAAAACAUUGAAUUAUCAUAUUGCUAAGUAUUCAGCUUUUUAUAAAAUAGUUCAAGUCUAGAAUACUAGUAAAUAGUCCUUUGGUUGGGCUGGUUGUUAAUGAAGAACUUGAAUAGUCAGUACAAUUUAUAUAUUGUAGUACAUAAAUAAUAAUUAUGUUAGAGAAAAGGUUCAUACUUACAUUUCUAAAUUAAAAUUAUACUCUAAUUAUUACUUUGUCAAUUAAUGAAUUGUUGAAUUAAUUCAUAUUUUAUUAAUAUCACCUCCAAAACUGACAUUUUGUGUGAUAUAAUUUUUUUUAUAAAUACAAAUGAUACAUUCCAUGGAAAAUUUCAUUUUUGCUUAUGGUUGUGUAUAAUAGUGAUACAAUUUUUUGAGAUUUUUUAUAUAACAAAAAA